AUGCAAGCAGGUUCGGAGGGUCGGUUCGCGGCGCGGCAGCUGAUGCAGCUGGCGGCGGUGCUCCACUUCACCGACGCCACCAUCCGCGCGCACGCCGCCGCGCUCGUGCACCGCCACCUCGUCGGCGCGCGGCCAGCGCGCGCAGGGGCGGGGGGGGGCUCUGCUGGGGCUGGCGCAGCGCGCGGCGGCGCGUUCAGGGCGUGGAGGAACCUGCGCGUGGAGCCGCAGGAGGCGCUCAACUGCAUCCUCGUCCCCGCGGCAGUUCACCCGUCGCCUCUGGUGCGCGCGGAGGCCGUCGCCGCGCUCCAAGCCUUCGCCUUUCUGUAUGCGCCGUCCUUUCGCUCCCACCUCCCCCUGCUGCACGACGCAGCGCGCGAUUCCGCGCACUCCGGCGUGCAGAUGGCGGCCGUGCGCGCCCUGGCGGACCUGCUACUCUGGCACCGCCUCGCCGCGCUGUUCCCCGACGUCGCUGCGCCCGGCCUCAGCGACGAGGGCGAGGGGAGUGCGGUGAGCGGAUGCAGUGCCGGGGGAGAGGCGCAGCGCGCAGGAGGGGCGCGUGCGGAGGGGAGCGUGGACGUAUUGCUGGGGCUUGCUGGGGCUGGUGCCGCUGGCGGGCGGGCAGGUGGACAUUGA